AUAUGCUUGUCUUACUCCAAUUUAUUGCACUAGUUCACUAGUGUAGGAACAGAAAACAAGCCUAUUAUCGCAUACUAUCGGUCAAAUCUGCAUUAUGCGUAUUAUCUAUUCAACGAUCAAAAAGUACUAAUUGUAGGAAUAACUUUAUUGUGUUAUUGUAUUGUUAAAAAAUAUUUUGGACCCUUGUGAGCAGGUAUCGAUCGAUUGUCUAUGCAUCAUUUUCUUAUAACGAUCUAACUUAGGGUAAUACAUUUUGUUGAUUAACUAACGCACAUAAUGAAUACUGUACACAACACGAAACAUGCACAUUACUUGAAGUUACCUUUUUUGUGAAUGAUCCUCGAUACAUCUAUCAGUUAUAAUUAACCCAGAUUUUGCUUUGAUUUGUUGGAGAUAAUAAUGAGUUCAGUCGUAGAAAAGUAUGAUCCCCGUUUCCCCCCCACGACACCCUUGUAUCGUAACUCGAUAGAAUGAGACUGUAACGAUUUUGUCUGUAUACACAAAUAGUACGUACAAGACGUAUGAUAUGUUGCAUAAUGUUAGAACAUUUCUGCAUGUUUCGAUAGUUCAAUUAGGUGAAUACAGACAAAGUUCUCCUGUAGUAUACAUGUCGUAAUAUCUAUGUAUAUGGUGCAUAUCAUAAAUUAAAAGUGACUCAUACGUACCUCUUUUUUCACUAUUUAUUACAAUAUCAAAUACUUACGCUCGGUCUUUUUAGCGAAUACUUUAGUAUGCUUUAAUGUAUUUAUAUAAUUCGUAAAUUAUUAAUUAAUAAAGUACUUGUGAAUGAUAUGCUUCAUAUAAUAGUAUCUAGUUGAUAUAUUCGUAGAAUGCUUAUUUAUGUGUUCAGUUGUUUCUGUUUAUUAUCUACUACAAACUUAUUUCUAAAUUGUGAUGUCGCUUGGCUUACUUUUGUUCAACUUCGACCACAUUAACCCUCUCUCUGUUUUCCCACCCUUUUUAUUAUUUUGUUAAUAAUUGCUCGUACAUCUGCACUAUGCAAACGUAUGUAUUAAGGUGUAGAAGGAAAAAAAGAUGCUUCGCGAGAUACACGAAUACAUAACAUAAUAAUAAUGUAAAGGACAAACGAAACAAAAAUAUAUAUAUGGACAGAUCUGGAAUGACGGACCACACACGUAUCGGAUAAAAAUUUCCGCAAGAGACGCGAGAAGUUGCUUGGGUUACUGUGGUCACCAAGCUCUGAUUAGCCACUACACGAUUUUAUUUUCCUCAGUUCUUUUUAUCAUCAAUUUUUCUUUCAUAUUACUAUCUGUGAUGCACCGUGUGAUUUCGAGUUGAGUAAUGACUCUUAUUCCUUUACUUUCCAGUAUAUACAUUUCGUUAAUAUUACUUAUUCUCUCGAAUAUUUCUUUUGUUGCUUAGUUUUUCUACUUUGUCAUUGUUUUCGCAGUAUUGGAGUAUUUAACGUUUAAUAAGGUACGAUUAUAAUAUGAAAUAUUAUACUUUAUAUUAAACUGAAAUUUAUAGAGUUUAAAUUCUUCUCUGCGUACGAAUUCAAAUUAAUGUGUAGAAAUAAAAAUUACGGCUGUUUGAAGGACAGACAGAGCUUUUGAGUAUACAGUGCAAUCUACAAACGUAGUCUGUCCAAAUUUUAAAUACUCGAAGCAUUAAGCAAUGCAUUACAUUGUUGGGCAAUAUUAUUGAUUGAACGUUGUAUUGUUUGCUCUUUUAAAUACAAAUUACUAUCUUAUCUUUUGUAUCGGACUGUGUCCAUACAUCUUGGGAUAUUUGCAUUCAUUUAACUGAUUGAUAUUAAGGGUAACUACUAAAAACGAUCAAAUUUGAAUCUUGUCACUCUGGUCGGUUAAAUAAGACGAUCCGCGCUAAAUACUCCUUAUUUUCUUCUCCUGAGUUAUUUUUCAUUCAGUUUCGUCAGCAUUGUCGUUAGGCGUUUGCGUAGGAGACAAUAAUAGUUGAGCGAGACAAUAAAAAAGAUCGCGCGGAGAUUGGGACUGGGCUGUAAUGGAUAGGUCAAACAUCAAUGGAUGGGGAGAGCUCGAGCUCCGAAGGGGGUCCGGACACCCCGCCAAACACCCCCGUUACACCAUCACACAAGACUACGAUGGAGCAUCACAGACAAUGGAGGGAAUUGGACAAGUCCGAACCAGAACCGGCCGCCUGUUUAGGUCAGCAUCAUCACCAGCGUCAUCAUUUCCACGAUCAUCACCAUCAUCAUCAUCAUGAUCAUGAUCACCAACAUCAUCAUCAUCAUAAUUCCCAUAAGCAUCACAAUGGCCAUUCCCCCGCGUUCGAAAAGAAGCUGUCGUACGAUCUUCAGGGUAUCUGUGAUGUCAAAGCUCAGCCCAACAACUAUGCCUCUUCGAUAUACUCAUGCUACCAUGCCCAUUGGUGCGUUGCUUCUGUACCCUCUACGCCACGCUCCAGUCCCACUCCCGCGAGUCCAACCCUCUCCUCCCUCUCAUCGAACUGUAGCAGCGAAGGAGAGUUUGGGUGGCAGCAGUCGUUACGUUCGCGAGCCACUACCGAGAAAGAUCCAGAUCGAUCUACCCGCAAAUCGGUUGGAGCUAAUGACAACGACGAUGAUGACGAUGCGGACCAAAACAGCGACCCAGACCAAGACCAUUAUGGCAAUUUGCCGAAUCCAGGUACCCUGCCGCUCCGGCCGAUACGAGACCGCCAUUCCCUCCCUUUUUGUCCCCCUCCUUCUUGGUACAUAGCUGCAAAGCUUUGUUCCCGUGCACCACAUGUCUCGAUGGUUUAGCGACUGAAUCAUUAUCGUGUUUUCUUGAUAGGUAAACGCAGGAAAAAUUUAAAAGACAGAGAGGUUGUCAGAAUAUA